AUGGCUUCCAACGAGGGCAAAAUCACCGACUGGGUCAAGCCCGGCGACACAACUGGCGAGUUCAAGCGUCAAGUCAGCUCGUUCCGCAACUGGAUCUCCCGCGAGGCCGGUGCCGAGUUUCCUCCCGAAAAGGGGAGGUAUCAUCUCUACGUCAGCUACGCCUGCCCAUGGGCGCACCGAACUUUGAUCACCAGAAAACUCAAGGGCCUCGAGGACAUUAUUUCCUUCUCCGUGGUGCAUUGGCAUCUGGAGCAGAAGGGGUGGCGAUUUGCCACCAAGGAGGACAAUGAUAUCCCCGGCGAGAACGUUAUUCCUGAUCCCCUUCACGAGGGCUUUACGCAUAUCCGGGACGUGUACUUUGAGUCGAACAAGGACUACACUGGACGAUUUACCGUUCCGGUGCUGUAUGACAAGAAGACGAAGCAGAUUGUCAACAACGAGAGCAGCGAGAUUAUCCGAAUGCUGGGGACAGAGUUUGACGACUUGAUUGAGGAAAAGUACCGCUCCAUUGUUCUCUACCCCGAGAGCCUCAAGAGCCAGAUCGAAGAGACCAACGAGUGGACGUACAACCUCAUCAACAACGGCGUCUACAGGGCCGGCUUCGCCACCAGCUCCCAAGCCUACGAGACCGCCGUCGUCGCCCUGUUCGAGGCUCUCGACCGCGCAGAGAAGCAUCUCGCCUCGCAGGCCGAGGGGCCUUACUACUUUGGCAAGGACAUCACCGAGGCAGACAUCCGGCUGUACGUGACGCUGGUGCGCUUCGACCCCGUCGGGUAUCCUCACUUGCACAAGUGGAUGCGCAACUUGUACUGGAGCCUGCCGGCGUUCAAGGAGACGACGCAGUUUGAUCAUAUUAAGUGGCAUUACACCCGAAGUCAUACGCAGAUCAACCCGUUCAGCAUCACGCCUGUCGGGCCGCUGCCGCACAUUUUGCCGCUGGAGGAGGAGGUGCCCGCGGUGGUGGCGAGAGUGUAG